AUGGGCCGUGCAGGGCCUGACUGGGGGGCCCAGAGGCGGUUCAGGACGCCAUACCGUGUCCCAGCUUCAGGCAGGCAGGCUUACCUACAGUGGCCUGGGGAGGUCUGGAACAGCGGUCCUUUGCCUGCCCCGGGGGAGGCUCUAAAGCAAAAGGGGCUUGGGGAAGCAGAGCAAUUUCAUUCUAAGCGGAGUAAGAAUGGGGUUUGGGAAAGCCUUAGUCCAGCUUCUCCUACCUCCUGUGCCAUCUGCAGCUGGAAUCGGUGUGCCACCGUCCACCACAACAUACCCAGCCUGUCCCAGGGCCCCCACUGUGCCCUUGACUCCAUCCUCCUUUCCACUCUGGUGGCUGGCUCAGGUUUGCAUUUAAAAGCAGCCGUUAGCCUCUCUCGGUAUCUGUCCAAUUUACAAACCUAUCGCAGACGGCGUGGACGAUUCAGUGUGUGUCCCCAGUGGGACGGAGAAAGGGCCUUCAGACUGUUUCGGGGUGGGAGGUCUAAGAAUUGGAAAAGUAAUCCCAUGUUCGGUAGUCUAGAGGAAGAAACCAGUCCACGGCGAAGACUAACCCAGCAGCGUGCAACCCAGGAGAUCACGAGUAAGGCUUUUGCCCUUUCCCAGCUACUUCCGCUCUUGCGAGAGCGACGGCUGCUCGCAAAGGCCAAACUUAGUGGUGGCGGAGCAGCGCGCGCGCUGCUGCAGCUUCCUUCCGCCCCGGGAAAGCGUUGGUUGCAGGUUCCCAGCCCACCUCUUUGCAGGUGCGGAAUGGAGCGGGAGGGCGGCGACGGCGGCCUCGCCUUGCGCGUUCUCCAGAACCGCUCCCACGAGAAGAUGAAGCUGCGAAAGAGAAAAUCUACCUUGUACCUCAGCGCCCAGGAGAGGAGCACGGGGCGCCGGCGGGAUCUUCUUGGAGAAAACAUUUAUCUGGUGUUGUUUACCAUAGCUUUGCGAAUAUUUAACUGCUUUUUAGUGCAGACAAGUUUUGUUCCAGAUGAAUAUUGGCAGUCUCUUGAAGUUGCUCAUCACAUGGUUUUCAAUUAUGGUUAUUUGACCUGGGAAUGGACAGAAAGAUUAAGGGGUUACACUUACCCUUUAAUCUUUGCAAGCAUUUACAAGAUUCUACAUCUUUUGGGGCAAGAUAGUGUUCAGUUGCUGAUUUGGAUUCCUAGACUUGCCCAAGCACUUCUAUCUGCUGUAGCAGACAUUCGGCUUUACUCAUUAAUGAAGCAACUAGAAAAUCGGGAAGUGGCAAGAUGGGUGUUUUUUUGCCAGUUGUGCUCUUGGUUCACAUGGUAUUGCUGUACCAGAACCCUUACAAACACCAUGGAAACUGUUCUCACUAUAAUUGCUCUUUUCUACUAUCCUUUGGAAGGUUCAAAGUCUAUGAACAGUGUCAAGUACUCAUCCCUGGUGGCACUUGCCUUCAUAAUUCGUCCCACAGCUAUCAUUCCAUGGAUACCUUUGCUCUUCAGACAUUUCUGUCAAGAACAGAGAAAGCUUGACCUUAUUCUACAUCAUUUUUUACCUGUAGGAUUUGUUACUUUGAGUUGGUCUCUAAUAAUUGAUCGUAUUUUCUUUGGCCAAUGGACUCUGGUUCAAUUUAAUUUUUUGAAAUUUAACGUACUCCAGAACUUGGGAACAUUUUAUGGUUCUCACCCAUGGCAUUGGUACUUCAGUCAAGGAUUUCCAGUUGUCUUGGGUACUCAUUUACCCUUCUUUAUUCACGGCUGCUUUCUAGCACCAAAGAGGUACCGGAUACUUUUGGUGACUAUGCUAUGGACACUGCUAGUUUAUAGCAUGUUGAGCCAUAAAGAAUUCAGGUUUAUCUAUCCAGUUUUACCAUUUUGUAUGGUGUUCUGUGGAUACUCAAUAACCCACCUGAAAACAUGGAAGAAACCAGCUCUAAGUUUCCUGUUUUUAUCAAACAUGCUUCUCGCCCUCUAUACUGGUUUAGUUCAUCAACGGGGUACUCUUGAUGUCAUGAGUUAUAUUCAAAAAGUCUGUUACAACAGUCCCAAUAAAUCUUCAGCUUCAAUACUUAUAAUGAUGCCUUGCCACUCUACUCCUUAUUACAGCCAUGUUCACUGCCCACUUCCAAUGAGAUUUCUCCAAUGUCCCCCAGACUUGACUGGAAAAAGUCAGUAUCUUGAUGAAGCAGAUAUAUUUUACCUAAAUCCCUUAAACUGGUUACAUAAAGAGUUUCAGGAUGAUGCAUCAUUGCCUACUCAUUUAAUCAUCUUCAGUGUUUUGGAGGAGGAAAUAAGCGCUUUCCUAAUUUCAAGCAAUUAUGAGAGAACUGCUGUUUUCUUCCACACUCACUUGCCGGAGGGUCGAAUUGGAAGUCAUAUAUAUGUCUAUGAACGGAAGUUAAAAGGGAAAUUCAACUGAAGAUGAAAUUCUGAACUGUGUUUAGAUCUUUCCUAGAGAAACUGACAUUGCUGGAUGGAAAUAUUCAGCUACUGCUUCAAUACUUCAGUAAACACUGGGUAAGAUUCAUGGAACUUGGAAGAAAACACUAUGAACUGCUUUACCAAAUAUCACUACUGAGGAAAUAAAAUAUCACAUAGUAUAAAACCAUAUAUUAAUACAAUGCCAGAUUUUAAAUAAAGACCUUUAGUUUUCCUCA